AUGCAGAGCAUAAACCUGGGCAAAAAGGAGAGCGGCAAGAUAUGGCACCGCAAACCAUCCCCGGCCACUCGGGACGGAAUUAUAGUGAACAUCAUUCACAACACUUCUGACUACCUGCCCAAAGUUUUACGAUUUUUGAAUGUGGCUUUUGAUAGCUCAGGUGAUUCUUUAAUUGCUGGGGACCAUCAAGGAAAUAUCUAUGUUUUUGACUUGUGUGGAAACAGGUUUAAUCUUGUUCAGCGAACAUCACAAGCUUGCACAGCUCUGGCCUUUAAUCUUCAUAGGAAGUCUGAAUUCCUUGUGGCGUUAGCCGAUUAUUCUGUUAAAUGUUUCGAUACAGUCACCAAGCAGCUAGUUAGCUGGAUGAGAGGACAUGAAUCGUCGGUGUUCUCGAUCUCUGUGCACGCAUCCGGGAGAUACGCCAUCACUACUUCUUCUGAUACAGCACAGCUAUGGGACUUGGAUACCUUUCGAAGAAAAAGAAAGCUGAAUAUUCUCCAGUCUGUGGGUAUACAAAAGGUUUUCUUUCUACCGUUAAGUAAUACCAUCCUCAGCUGUUUUAAAGAUAAUUCCAUCUUCGCCUGGGAAUGUGAUACUCUUGUUUGCAAAUAUCAAUUGCCAGCUCCACCUGAAAGCUCUAGUAUAUUAUACAAAGUGUUUGCUGUGACCGGAGAUGGCCAAAUCCUGGCUGCUGGGGGCAAAUCGAAUCAUCUUCAUUUGUGGUGCUUGGAAGCCAAACAACUAUUUAGAAUUAUCCAGAUGCCCACCAAAGUUCGAGCCAUUCGCCACCUAGAAUUUCUUCCUGAUAGUUUUGAUGCUGGUUCUAAUCAGGUUCUUGGAGUGCUCUGUCAGGAUGGCAUUAUGAGAUUUGUUAAUAUACAGACUUGUAAACUUCUCUUUGAAAUUGGGAGCCUUGACGAAGGAAUUAGUUCAUCAGCAAUUAGCCCCCAUGGACGGUACAUUGCAUCUAUUAUGGAAAAUGGAAGUCUGAACAUAUAUUCAGUUCAGACUUUAACAAAAGAAAUAAAUAAGCCACCGCCUCCUUUAGUGAAAGUGAUUGAAGAUUUGCCUAAGAGGAAAGUGAAUUCUGGUGACUUUAAGAUGAAAGUAACGUCAGGAAGAGUACAGCGGCCAGCAAAAUCAAGGGAAAACAAAAUACAAGCUAGAAUAUUAAAGCAAGACCUGACUGGUAAUUUUGAAAAUAAAGAGAGUGAGUUUUCAGAUGGAUUAAACAAAAAGCGUUUACAAAUCUUAUUAAAAGGCUAUGGUGAAUAUCCAACGAAAUACAGAAUGUUCAUUUGGCGCUCUCUGCUACAGCUGCCUGAAAAUCAUACUGCAUUUAGUAAUCUUAUAGAUAAAGGUAUUCAUGUGGCAUUUCUCAACCUUCAGAAGAGAUACCCCAUCAAAAGUAGGAAACUAUUCAGAGUAUUACAGAGAACCCUCUCCGCAUUAGCUCACUGGUCCACCAUCUUUAGUGACACACCGUAUCUUCCACUUCUGGCAUUUCCAUUUGUAAAAUUGUUCCAGAACAACCAGCUCAUCUGUUUUGAAGUUGUUGCUACUCUUAUAAUCAAUUGGUGUCAACACUGGUUUGAAUAUUUUCCUAAUCCUCCUAUCAAUAUUCUUAGUAUGAUAGAAAAUGUUUUGGCAUUUCAUGACAAGGAACUCCUGCAACACUUCAUAAAUCAUGAUAUAACUUCCCAGCUGUAUGCAUGGCCUCUUCUUGAAACUGUGUUCUCGGAAGUACUGACAAGAGAGGAGUGGCUAAAAUUAUUUGAUAAUGUCUUUUCCAACCAUCCUUCAUUCCUCCUGAUGACUGUUGUGGCCUACAACAUAUGUUCUAGAGCUCCUUUGCUCAACUGUAAUCUUAAAGAUGAUUUUGAGUAUUUUUUUCACCAUCGGAAUAACCUGGAUAUAAGUGCUGUAAUUAGAGAAGUUUAUCGUCUCAUGGAUACCACGCCCACUGAUAUUCAUCCAGACAGCAUGCUUGAUGUUUUUGUGGCACUGACAAAAGGGCAAUACCCAGUAUUUAAUCAAUAUCCAAAGUUUAUCGUGGACUGUCAGACACAGGAACGAGAAAGAAUAAGGGAUGAUGAACUGGAUUACUUAAGAGAGAGGCAGGCAGUUGAAGACAUGCAAGCUGAAGUAGACCAGCAAAAAGUUGAAGAUGAAACUUGGUACCAAAAACAGGAACCGCUUCGUAAAGCUGAAGAAACGAGAGAAAUGCUCUUACAAGAGGAGGAGAUGAUGACACAGCAAAGACAAAAACUAGCUGCUGUGAAAAGAGAGUUGAAAGUAAAGGAAGUGCACUUACAAGAUGCUGCAAGAAGGUGUCUUCUGCAGCUUCAGCAAGAUCAGCGUGAAAUGGAACUAAGAAGACUGAAUGAUGAAAUUGAGAGAAAGGUACAUAUGAGAGAUCGAGAAAUUGCUGCCACAGCCAAAGACCUAGAAAUGAGACAUCUGGAACUCGAAUCACAAAAAAGACUUUAUGAGAAGAAUCUCACUAGAAAUCAAGAAGCUAUUGCAAACGAAAUGAGAGAAGAUGCAGACGCCUAUAAACGAAAAGUGGAUCUUGAAGAACACAUGUUUCAUAGACCGAUAGGAACAGAUCAAACUCAGAACCAAAAAACUCAGAAGUUAAUUGAAGAAAAUUUGGCAAAAGCUGAACAAGCAUGUCUAAAUACUGACUGGCGAAUUCAAGCUCUACAUAAACAAAAACGCGCUGAUCUACACCGAAAUGAACGUUACCAGGAAGUAGCCAAACUGCUUCGGAAAAAUAGGAAGAAAGAAAUGGAAGUAUUAAACGCAGUGAUGGAGGGGGAAGCUAAAAAGUGGGAGGAAGCUGAAGAACAAGCCUGUCAUUUGAAAUCAGAAAAGAAAGCUGCUGCUCUUUCAGAUGCCUCUGGAACGUGGUUCCUAGAGAAUGAGAUACAUGCUCAACAUCCGUAUCAUAAAGUGGUGCCCAGGUGCCAAGAUGAAUGGGUCGCCUCAAGCUGUUUGCCUAGAACCUCACAGUUAAAAGACAUUUCUGAAAUGGAGUCCUUGACACAGCUUUCAUUAAACCAAAGAAAAGCACGUUGGGACACCAUGGAAUGGGAUCUUAUGGAGAGAGUGAGAAAUCUCCGCCAGAGACUCGCCACCCAGGCUCGAAACAGAUGUCAAACGCCUCAUCUUUUGGCUACUUAG